CCGCUCGAAUCGUUUCGUCCUGGGUUUCCUAAUUUCGUGAUCUGAAAUCCCAUUAUUUCCUUUCCUUAUUCUUUGGUAACAGAAUAUCUCCAGAUACGAUUUCGAGAUUUUUUGUUUGUUGUUUUCCGGCCGAUUUCUCUGCCGGGUUUAGAUUCUCUUGAAGGACAAUAUUUCAUCUCAUGCCGGUUCGUUCAAAAAGGCAGUGAGAGGGAAAAAAAAACAGAAAAAAAAACCUUCAUCGGCAGAAAAGGAAGGAACAGUGAUUUCGAUCCUUAUAUUAAUGUCGUGUUUUGCACAAACUCAAUUCCAUAAUUCCCGAUUAACUCAGCUUAUCAAUCUCUUCUUCUUCUUCGUAAACAACGCAAAAGCUUGGAGCUCUCUCGUUCUGCUGAGGAUUAUGGCCCAAAAGUCGCUGCAAUUCCUGAAUCGAAGUUCAGUUUGUCUUUAACCUAUUUCUAAGGGUUUAAAGAAAUUUUCGGAUUUGGGUUUUAUCCCUUUUUCGAAAUUUCGUCGCUUUCGCGCGAUUUUUGGUUACUCUGAUGCCGAGAAGAUGAUGAACGGAAAACGCAAGAGAGAAAUCGAUCUGGGUUCGACAAGAACAAUCCGUAUAAUCUGCAACGAUCCGUACGCCACCGAUUCUUCGAGCGACGAUGAUGAAGAAGAGGGUGGUGGGUCGAAACGCCUCGUCGCAGAGAUCGACGUCCCGAUACUGCUCAAAAAAUGGUACGGAGACGAGUCUGAUUCAGCGAAUCUUCCGGAAUUAUCGGAGAAGAGAGAGCGGAGAUCAUCGUCUUCGGGAUUCAAAGGUGUACGGAGACGGCCAUGGGGGAGAUUCUCGGCGGAGAUAAGAGAUCCGUUCACGAAGCGGCGAAAAUGGCUCGGAACGUUCGAUACAGGGGAAGAAGCAGCACAUGCCUACGAGAAGAGCAAGAGAGAGUUCGAGCAGCUCUUGUCGUUGCAAAACCAGACCGGUUUAACCAAACCGGAAGUAAACCGGACCAAAUCGGUCCAUCCUCAGUCUCCUUCUCCGUCUCCGUCUCCGUCUCCGUCUCCGGUCUUCGAUUCUCGUUCAACGUCACGGAACUGCACUGACGAAAAUGGCGAAGUCGUGGACACAUGUGAGAAGCACGACGCGGAGAUGAAGAGAGUUGGGUUCGGGUGCCGAGACGACGAGGAAUCGAUUGACAGAUUGCUGGAAGAACCUAAGACCGUGCCGUCGAUUUCGGAUAUCUUCGACGAAUCGAUCGAUGGAUGGGAAGAUCUCUGGUCCGACUGUAACAAUCUGUUUGAAUUCGACGAAUUCGAUUUCGAUUUCAACCUCGAUAUGAUCGAGGAAGACGAGAGUCUUUCGAGUGGGAACCGAGCUCUGGAUAUGGUCGGUACGGACGAUAUGGUCGAAGGGUUUUUAGAAACGGUCAACGAAGAUAUAGACGAAAAGGGUAUGAUUGAUGAGCACAACGGUACAACCAAGGACGCGAAAACGGGCGAAAAGAAUGCUACGGUCGACGAUAGGGACAAAAAGGGUAAUGGGUCGUCGAAAAAAUCCAUUAUAAAAGUUUCGGGUUCGGACAUGGAGGAGGAUCCGUUCGAUGGUUGGGAGAAUUUACAAGGGCUGCUGAAGCUUGAUACGCUAGGGGAUGGUCUCCCUUUGGACAAUUUCGAGGAUUAUGACGUCUUAUUUGGUGAUGCGACGGAUUGGAUGAAGGAACCGCCCCUCAAUUUUGGAGUUUGUAUUCUUAGUGACGGAUUUUGAAACGGAGAGAAAGAGUUUAGCAGCUAGAGAUAUAUAAUAUUGGUCUUUAUCAACAUAAUUAUGUUUUCUGUAAUUCUAUUUAUAAAAAAAAUUAUAAAAUUAUUAUUGGA